AGAAGGAGGGCGUGGUUUUGUGAAGUCAGUUCCGGUUGGUGUAAAACCCCCGGGGCGGCGGCGAACGGGCUUCAGAUGCUUCUGGGUCGCGGUGGAAAAAGCGAUAAGUCUGUGUGUGAGCUUGAGAGCCGUGCGCUAGAGCGACCCGGGAAGGGAUGGCGGCCACCGGGACCGCGGCCGCCGCGGCCACGGGCCGGCUCCUCGUUCUGCUGCUGGUCGGGCUCACGGCGCCCGUCGCGGCACUGGCCGGCUAUGUCGAGGCUCUUGCAGCCAAUGCCGGAACAGGAUUUGCUGUUGCUGAGCCUCAAAUUGCAAUGUUUUGUGGGAAGUUAAAUAUGCAUGUGAACAUCCAGACUGGGAAAUGGGAACCUGACCCAACAGGCACCAGGAGCUGCUUUGGAACAAAAGAAGAAGUUCUGCAGUACUGUCAGGAGAUGUAUCCAGAGCUACAGAUCACAAAUGUGAUGGAAGCAAAUCAACCAGUCAGUAUUGACAACUGGUGCCGGAGGGACAAAAAGCAAUGCAAGAGUCACAUUGUUAUACCUUUCAAGUGUCUCGUGGGUGAAUUUGUAAGCGAUGUUCUGCUAGUUCCAGAAAAGUGCCAGUUUUUCCACAAAGAGCGGAUGGAGGUGUGUGAGAAUCACCAGCACUGGCACACCGUAGUGAAAGAGGCAUGUCUGACUCAGGGAAUGACCUUAUAUAGCUACGGCAUGCUGCUACCUUGUGGGGUAGACCAGUUCCAUGGCACUGAAUAUGUGUGCUGCCCUCAGACAAAGAUUAUUGAAUCUACUGUGUCAAAAGAAGAGGAGGAAGAAGAGGAAGAGGAAGAGGAGGAAGACGAAGAGGAAGAUUAUGAUAUUUAUAAAAGUGAAUUUCCUACUGAAGCAGAUCUGGAAGACUUCACAGAAGCAGCUGUGGACGAAGAUGACGAGGAUGAGGAGGAAGGGGAGGAAGUGGUAGAAGACCGUGAUUACUACUACGAUACCUUUAAAGGAGAUGAUUACAACGAGGAGAACCCGACUGAACCCAGCAGCGAUAGUGCUAUUUCAGACAAGGAAAUUACUCACGAUGUUAAAGCUGUCUGCUCCCAGGAGGCGAUGACGGGGCCCUGCCGGGCUGUGAUGCCUCGUUGGUACUUCGACCUCUCCAAGGGAAAGUGCAUGCGCUUUAUAUAUGGCGGCUGCGGCGGCAACAGGAACAAUUUUGAGUCUGAGGAUUAUUGUAUGGCUGUGUGUAAAGCGAUGAUUCCCCCAACUCCUCUGCCAACCAAUGACGUCGAUGUGUAUUUCGAGACCUCUGCAGAUGAUAAUGAGCAUGCUCGCUUCCAGAAGGCUAAGGAGCAGCUGGAAAUUCGGCACCGCAACCGAAUGGCCAGGGUAAAGAAGGAAUGGGAAGAGGCAGAGCUUCAAGCUAAGAAUCUCCCCAAAGCAGAGAGGCAGACUCUUAUUCAGCACUUCCAAGCUAUGGUUAAAGCUUUAGAGAAGGAAGCAGCCAGUGAGAAGCAGCAGCUGGUGGAAACCCACCUGGCCCGAGUAGAAGCCAUGCUGAAUGACCGCCGUCGCAUGGCUCUGGAGAAUUACCUGGCUGCCCUGCAGUCGGACCCCCCACGGCCUCAUCGCAUUCUCCAGGCCUUGCGGCGUUAUGUCCGUGCUGAGAACAAAGAUCGCCUGCAUACCAUCCGUCAUUACCAGCAUGUGUUGGCUGUUGACCCAGAAAAGGCGGCCCAGAUGAAAUCCCAGGUGAUGACACAUCUCCACGUGAUCGAAGAAAGAAGGAACCAAAGCCUCUCUCUGCUCUACAAAGUACCUUAUGUGGCCCAAGAAAUUCAAGAGGAAAUUGAUGAGCUCCUCCAGGAGCAGCGCGCAGACAUGGACCAGUUCACCGCCUCCAUCUCAGAGACCCCUGUGGACGUCCGCGUGAGCUCAGAGGAGAGUGAGGAGAUCCCGCUGUUCCACCCCUUCCCGUCCUUACCUGAAAACGAAGACACUCAGCCGGAGUUGUACCACCCAAUGAAAAAAGGAUCUGGAGCGGGAGAGCAGGACGGGGCACUGAUUGGUGCUGAAGAGAAAGUGAUCAACAGCAAGAAUAAAGUGGAUGAAAACAUGGUCAUCGACGAGACUCUGGACGUUAAGGAAAUGAUUUUCAAUGCCGAGAGAGUUGGAGGCCUUGAGGAAGAGCCGGAAUCCGUGGGACCUCUGCGGGAGGACUUCAGUCUGAGCAGCAGUGCCCUCAUCGGCCUGCUGGUCAUUGCAGUGGCCAUCGCCACGGUCAUAGUCAUCAGCCUGGUGCUGCUGAGGAAGAGGCAGUAUGGCACCAUCAGCCACGGGAUCGUGGAGGUUGACCCAAUGCUCACCCCAGAAGAGCGUCACCUGAAUAAGAUGCAGAACCAUGGUUAUGAAAACCCCACCUACAAGUACCUGGAGCAGAUGCAGAUAUAAGUGACAGGAAGCGUGUGGCACCCCUGCUUGGAGUGGGGUGGUGCAGGUCGGCCAGAAGAGGUCCAGCGAUUUGGAUUGACUACUGACCAGCAGUUGCUGCCAGAGGGCUUCGUCUUGCACCUGACCUCCUGGAUCGUUAAGACUAUAAAGUACUACUGUAGAAUUGCAAUUUCCAUUCUUUUAAAUGGGUGAAAAAUGUUAAUAUAACGAUAUAUGAAAUAUAAACCUUAAAUGAGAAAAAUGAUCUAUUGCAGAUAUUUGAUGUAGUUUUCUUUUUUAAAUUAAUCAGAAACCCACUUCUAUUGUAUUGUCUCACACAUGCUCUCCGUAUAAAUGGAAAAUGUCGAUUUUCAGCGAUAGGCU